AGACUCAAAACCAAGUGAAAUCCGGAAAUUGGAGGUGAAAUAUUAGCGUAGAGUGUGAAUUCCAGGAAGGUGCACUGUAAGGCUCGAUACAGGUGGAAAGAAAGAGCGUUUGCUCGAUAUAAGCAACAGCGGGACAGAAAACUCCAUUGUAGUGGUUAGCAUUUGACCAAGGAAAGGGUGAAAACCUGUUUAUAUCAAUUUCUAAUGUUCGCGUGAGGUUUUCACUAUGUGGCUAAAGCCUGAAGAAGUGCUGCUGAAAAACGCUCUCAAGCUCUGGGUGACGGAGCAAUCCAAUUCUUACUUCAUUUUACAGCGCAGAAGGAGACAAGGAGACAGCGGUGGGAAACUAUCCGGUCUGCUGGUGGGAGCUUUAGAUGCAGUGCUGGAUUCCAAUGCCCGUGUUGCACCAUUCCGAAUUUUGUAUCGGAUGCCAGGAUCACAGGUGUAUUGGGUCAUAGCUUGUGGUGCCACUGUGGAAGAAAUCCAUCAUCACUGGGAAUGGUUAGAACAGAAUCUUCUGCACACCCUUUCAGUAUUUGAUAAUAAAGACGAUGUUGUUAGUUUUGUUCACGGUAAAGUAAAGGGGCUUAUAGCUGAAGAAACCAGGAGCAAAUUGGCAGAACAGGAAGAAGAUCCUGAGAAGUUUCGGGAGGCUCUGGUAAAAUUUGCGACCAGAUUUAAUUUCCCAGACUUGGAAAAGCUGGUGACUUAUUAUUCGUGUUGCUGCUGGAUUGGGCGGGUUCCCCGUCAAGGCUGGAUUUACCUCAGCAUCAACCAUCUCUGCUUCUAUUCUUUCCUGUUGGGUAAGGAAGUGAAACUCAUUAUCCCUUUGGUUGAUGUGAAAAAACUAGAAAGAACUUCAAAUACUCUUAUCACAGAAAUAGUUCGAGUGACCACGCAAAGUAAAGAACGUGAUUUCUCCAUGUUCCUUAACAUCAAUGAAACGUUCAGGCUUAUGGAACUGUUGGCAGAUGUGACUAUUCGAAGGUUGCUGGACAAUGAGGCAUUUGAAUUGGAUCCAUCUCUACAAAAACCUACACAAAUAACAAAGAAGGAUCUUGAAGCUAGGAUGCAGACUGAGUAUUUCCGGGCUUGUUUUAGGCUUCCACGAGCAGAGAAGCUGAUCGUGAUAGUGGACAGUUUCCUGUGGACACCAUAUAACCAAUGCCACACUGCAGGGAAGUUGUAUAUCUCAGAAAAUUACAUAUGCUUUGCCAGCAAGGAGGAAGGUAGCUGCUAUGUAAUCAUUCCACUUCAAGAGGUGGUUACUGUGGAGAAGAUGGAGGACACUAGUCUCCUCCCCAGUCCAAUUAUUGUUGGUGUUAAAAGCAAGAGGGUAUUUCAAUUUACAGAAAUUAAAAAUAGAGAACAUCUUGUGCAGCAACUAAACAAACAGCUUCAGCUUUUAAAAGGGGGAAAGCCUGGCUGCCAUGAGAAACCGAGAGUUGAAGAAAAGGUUUCCUCAGAAUUUUCAGGAUGUCCUGAAGAAAUCUGUACAACCAGUACAGCACUAGGUUCACUCGUGAACAAUUCAAGUAUCAAAAAAGAGCCGAGACAUCCAUUGAAUUCAGAAGCUUUAAUGGCACUCUUUCACCUGACUGAAACUGGAAGUGCAAAUUCCACAAUGAAAAUGGAACAUGUGAAAAAUCAAUUAUGGUACGAUCAUUUUGUGGAAUAUGGUCGCACAGUCAGUAUGUUUCGGACUGAGAAGAUAAGAAAGCUGGUUGCAAUGGGAAUUCCAGAAUGUCUUCGAGGAGAGUUGUGGCUUCUCUUUUCAGAUUCUGUGACUGAUUUAGCUGCACACCCUGAUUACUAUGCUAAUCUGGUGGAUGAAUCUAUGGGUAAAUGUUGCAUGGCAACUGAGGAAAUUGAACGUGAUCUGCAUCGUUCACUGCCUGAACACCCAGCAUUUCAGAGUGACACUGGCAUUGCAGCAUUAAGGAGAGUACUGACAGCAUACGCAUACAGAAACCCUAAAAUAGGCUAUUGCCAGUCAAUGAAUAUUCUGACCUCUGUGUUACUACUGUAUGCAAAAGAGGAAGAAGCCUUUUGGCUACUAGUUGCUGUCUGUGAGAAAAUGCUCCCAGAUUACUUCAACCGCAGAGUUAUUGGUGCUCAGGUAGAUCAAGCUGUGUUUGAAGAACUUAUAAAAGAGCAUUUGCCAGAGCUGGCUGAACAUGUGACAGAUUUGUCUUGUUUAGCAUCCAUUUCCCUCUCCUGGUUCCUGACUCUGUUCCUUAGUAUUAUACCCCUUGAGAGUGCACUAAAUGUUGUUGACUGUUUCUUCUAUGAUGGAAUAAGGGUGAUCUUCCAAGUGGGCUUGACUAUACUUGACGCCAACACACAAGAGUUGUGUAGCUGCACAGACGAUGGGCAAGCCUUGAUAAUCCUUAGCAGGUUUCUUGAUCAUAUCACAAACAAAGAGAGUCCUUUGCUUCAAAUUGCUCAGCAACAUGUCUUUAGUGAUGAUAAAGAGCCUGUUCAGCAAAUGGAAAUAUCUGAUCUAAUAAGAGACUCAUAUGAGAAAUUUGGAGAUCUUCAUGUCGGACAAAUCGAGCUAAUGCGUUGCAGACACAGAAUACGAGUGCUGCAGAACUUGGAGGAUACUACUAAACAAAACGUGCUCAGAGUCGUGGCACCAGAUGUUUCAUUUAGUGGUGAAGGUCUCGGAGACCUCUAUGACCUAUUUAAGCGAGAACACCUUUUAAGUUGUUACUGGGGUGGAAACGGUUCAGCGGCACUGCAUCAUGAUCCAAGCCUCCCAUACUUGGAACAAUACAGAAUAAAUAGUUUCCAAUUCAGCAACCUCUUCUGUCUUCUAAGCCCCUGGACAUGGGGUACACAUACAGAUAUUCUAGCCCAAAGGACAUUCCGAAUGUUAGAUGAAAAUGAAGACUCUCUAAUUGACUUCAAAGAAUUGGUCAGUUGUUUAGAUAUAAUGUACUAUGGAGACAUCAGUGAAAAACUCAGACUGUUGUACAGACUGCAUAUUCCACCAGCCUACAGUAACGAUGACACAGAUAACCUAUCUCCUCUGAGAACUACAUUUGUCUCCAAUGUACAAUCUGAUUACUUCAAAUCAAAUUGUGGAGCAACUGAUUACCAACACCAAUUGAAAAAAAUGCUUGAAGAUUUGGUUAAAAGAAAAAAGGAAGCCACAAAAGAUCUUUCAUUGAUGAAUCAGAGAGAGUUCAUCCAGUUUUGCAAGACAUUAUACAGUAUGUUUCGAGAAGACCCUGAGGAGAACCAUCUUUACCAAGCUAUUGCUACGGUCACUACUCUUCUACUUCAAAUUGGGGAAGCAGGACAAAGAAUACGUAAUUCAGGAAGCAUGUCUGAACUGCCGAGUACAAGUUCUAAAGAAACUGAGGUGUUGACACCUACAGAUGACGCUGUGUUCGAAGCAGUGGAUAUAGGCCCAAAGAAUAAUCAUCCAACAACACAGCCCGGAGAGGAUGACUGGAGUGUAUCUUUUGAGCAAAUUUUGGCUUCCCUGCUGACUGAGCAAUGCUUGGUGAACUUUUUUGAAAGAUCAGUAGUUGUAGAAAAUAAACUCCUCCAUGCUAAAGCAAAUCAGUAUCAACAGAGAAUUAGUCUGACAAUCUACUAGCCUUUUGAAUUGUGUUUCAGCGCUGGCAGUUGAAACCCUCAAGUUCCACUGUAAAUAAAAGCCUGUGCUGUCCUAAAAUGUGUUUGGGUACAAUGUCAAGUUUACAGAUUGUAUGUGCAAUUUUGAAUAAAUUCAUUUUUGUGUA